AUGCCUCUUGCCAAACCGGAUGCGUCUGAGGGGAAAGAGAACGCGACCACCACACAAGCAGAGCGCGCAAAAGAGAAGAGGAAAGAGAUAUUGAAGGUGUCGACAAAAUCUACGGAGGGAAAUAACGGCCUAGAAGGAUAUGCCUCCAAAACGCAAGCGGAAUUGGAGCUCAUGCUGCAGAAGCGAAGGCUCCAACGCACCGGCACCAAACCCCUGCUUAUAAAACUUCUCGAGGUCUUGGAUGAGCUAGAAAGUAGCGACCAUGCACAGCCGGCCACUGAUAAAGCUUCUUCUCAAGGAGAAAGCUCAUCAGCAGGCGAAAUCCGGCUAAACGAUAACCUAUCUGAUGCCCAAACUUCGCUUGAUGCUGGAAGCUCGUGGCCGGAAACCUCUGGCACGCGAGACCAGUUGAUCGCGCGUCUGGAGGAGAACCGGACCGUUUAUUACGAAGAGUACACUACUGACGAGCUGUCGGAUAUGCUGAAACGGCGUCAUGUUGUCGGAGCCUCCACAGGUUCGAAGGCAUUAAAGAUAGCGCGAUCGCGUUUGGACGACGAGUCUCCUCGCGACAAAGGUGACGUACUCGACGUCAUCGAGUUGUAUGUCAAGCUUGAAUUGAGGGAGGAAACAGUCUACCGAUACAAAUGCGCGCGAGAAGCCAUCUCCAAAGGUGACUAUUCCUUCGUCAUGAACACCCAUUACGAGGAUGAGCGGCUCGAGGGCAUGCUACGUGAGCGCAACCUCUCGGAGUCGGGAACCAAGCCAGCGAAGGUGGAACGGCUUCGUGAGGAUGAUGCACGCCGAGAAGAGCCAUUCUUGACUAGUGUCUUUGAUGACCUGAUCAAUAGAGAGGAGGCCGAGUGGAAGAGAAUGAAACCAAGGUUCGAGAAGCUCACUGGACGACGAAUUGACUCAGACUGCUCAGAUUGCUCAAUCAACAAGAUACUCAGCGAGCAAAGCAGACGAUGGAAAGACGAUCCCCUAUACAAAUACCAGGAGAACGCUCCUCCUCCUAAACCCAUGACGACCUACGACUGGCGCAAGUCACAAUGGGCGGAUCGAACAUCGCGACAGCUCUUUGAAAUCACGGAAAACAGAGGCAUGCCAGAAGUCGGCGGUACAACCAAAGCAGGCAUGAUCAAAUGGCUCGAGACAGGAGAAAUCGAUUACGAGGAAUAUUACACUACUCCUCUCUACCAUUGGUGUCAGAAGCGAGGGAUCAAGGUCAAGUACCCUGAGAAGAAAGAGAAUCUUGUCAGGCUACUGAAGGAAGCCGAUGAGAAAGAAAAGAACUGA